AUGUUCAUCAGACUCCGUACCAGCCCAUACUGUAUCAGAACAAAACGCAGUGAACGUAAUAACCAUACGAGACAUACAUCGCUUAUUUCGAUACAAUACAACCAGGCUAUGGCCGGGCCGCGGAGUCACCGGGUCAGCACAGACCCUAUGAUCUUCCAAACCCAGAGUUCAGCGACGAUACAGAGGCCAACAAGCGUAUUACAAGCGUGGCCCGGCUUGCGUUCCCCGGAAGAGCCGUCGCUAGGGUCUCGGUGCACCCAACCAUCGGGACGAACUGGUGUAACCAGCGGCGUGCUGGAAAAUUACUAG